AUGGAAUUUGUUCACACUAUGAGAGCUGUUCAAGGAUCUCUGAUUGUGUCUUCCCUGAUCAAUAUCAUCCUUGGAUAUGGCAAAGUGUGGGGAAACCUCACAAGGCUUUUCAGCCCUGUUGUCGUAGUGCCAAUUAGGCUUCCCACUGCUUGCAAAUUGCGUGGAGAUUGGCCUGCCAAUGUUAAUAUUGCGGUCAUUUUCCAGCAGUAUCUGAAGAACCUCCAUUCACGUGCUCAUACCAUCCUCGAGAGGUUUGCUUUGCUUUUCUGUAUUGGGCUUGUCUGGGCUUUUGCUGCUAUCCUUACUGCAGCUGGUGCUUACAAUGACGAUGCUAGUAGAGCUAGGCAGAAUUGUCGUGUAGACAGUUCAAACCUCUUGAGAUCUGCUCCAUGGAUCAAAAUUCCUUAUCCUUUUCAAUGGGGUCCUCCAAUUUUCCGAGCAAGCCAUGUCUUUGGAAUGAUGGGGCUGCACUUGUUUCAUCAGCAGAGUGCAGUCCACAGGAGCAAUUUAUGCUGCAUCACGGCUUGCAGGUGCUACAGCACCUCCAGCUCACUGUUUAGCCGAAGCAUUGGUCUACAGGGUGUUGGCCAGCUGCUUGAGGGAAUAUUUGGUGCUGUUUUGUUGUACCACCGCUUCUGUGUAAUUGCUAGGUGCUAUGGAUACUUUAUAAUCCUUCUUAGAAUGAAAAUGUUGCUUCUUGGAUUAACUCGUGUUGGGAGCAGAAGAGUUGUGCAGAUAUCCACUGCUUUCAUGAUCUUCUUUUCCAUAUUCGGGAAAUUUGGUGCCUUCUUUGCGUCUAUUCCUUUACCAAUUUUUGCUGCGCUGCUGUUGGGGUUUCGUUCAUUCAAUUUGCAAACAAGAACUCCUUGCGAAAUAUUUAUGUGCUGGGCCUCACUUUUUCCUCGGAAUAUCAUACCACAAUAUUUUAUUAUGCAUACUGAUCAAAGUACUGGUUAUGGGCCUGUUAAAACCAGUGCUGGAUGGUUCAAUGACAUAUGGAAUACGAUGUUCGCUUCACCUCCUGCUGUGGCAAUUAUUGUCGGAGCUUUGUUAGACAACACCCUUGAAGCAAAGCACGUGGACGACAGAGGGCUUCCAUGGUGGGUUCCCUUUCAGGAAAGGAAAGGAGAUGGCAGAAACGAUGAGUUUUAUAGUUACCCUGUUAGGAUAAACGAGCUAAUUCCCUCCAGAUUCCUCUGA